AUGCGCCAGACGGCCAACCCCAGCGACGAUCUGUUUCUGAGCCUCGCCUUGAACGAUUCGGAUCCCGCCAAUGGAAAAGUGCCGUUGCGCAAGCCAUUGAAUGUGCGAGAACGCGCUCCAUCCAACGAGAGCCUCAAUGCGAGUAGGCUGGCCGAGUUGCGCGCUCAGCACUCACCCAGCCCAGCCCAGACCUCAGACAACCUCCGGACCCCCUCGCUGCGUGCUUCUAUGCGCAAACCUCGCUAUGCCAUUGGAACAACCACCUCGUCGUCCUUCGAGGCUGCUGCCCGCGAGUGGAACGCCUCUCCAGAUGUGCUCAAGUUCCCCUCUAAGCGUGCCACUGGUCCAGUCUCCGAAGCCAUACCAAGGCAACGCCGCAUGUACCGUGUCGGCAAAGCAUACGAACCCUUGGGCGGUGCCCGUAAUCUCUCCAGUCUCUCCGAGCGACUUGCUCAAGGCCUGAUCACUCCGACCAUGUCACCCGCCCCAACCGCUCGAAAAGGCUCCAACGCAGAGAGUGAGUCGGUAGAUUCUGUCAAUGCUCCGUCUACCGUGUGGGAUGAACUGGACGACCUCAAAUCACGCAUUCGUAGUCUCGAGAUUGGUGGAAAGGCCUCGCCUUCCAGUGCAAAUGCUACGAACCAAUCAUUCGAACGUCCCCGUACAGCGACCACUGCUCCGACUACUAUAUCAUCCUCGCCCAAGCAUGCUCGAAAACAAAGCAGUGUGCCGACUGACGUCAAUACUCCCGGUCUCUCUACAGCUAACCUGCAUCCUCUGUUGCACAGCGCUCUCGGAAAAGCAAAAAACGUGCUUAGCCCACAAUUAUAUCGGUCUCUCGAAGUAACCGCUUCUGACGCUCUAGCGCUUGCUGCCAUGACAGGUAGUGGUGGACCGCAAGGCACUGCCUUCACAGCUGCGUCCAUGGUGAACGGUGGGACCGUCUCAGAAAGGCAUAUCAGAAGGAAGGCCGACAGCAUGUGCAGAAACCUUACCGAUCUUUGCAUCGCUCUCUGCGAAGGCAAGUCAGAUCUUGCAAGUCCGACUAUCAAAGCCUCUCCUAUGAAUUCCUCUCAUCUGCAAGGAGAAACACCAUCAUCGCGGUAUGCUCGGAGAGCUAGUCUCGGCCCUCAAGACCUUCAAUUGAGAACGGAGCCCACCAGAUCCAUGAGCCGUCUCGACAGCCGAAGAAGUAGUUUACUUGGCUUGGGAUUGGGCAAUACCAUCACUACUAGCCCGCGCGAAGCAAACGACCAAUACCUCAGCCAGGACUUGUCACCCAGUCAUGACCAGACUGACUAUGCCUCCCGUUACAAUCGCCCGGGAACGAGUAUGCAGCAGUCAAGAUACUCUCAAGUCGAGGAUGAAACGCAGCAGGACAUUCCUUCACGGGCGCCUUCUCGUGCUAUGACUGAUCUCGGCCAUAUGAGACAGUCAUCAGCACGCAGAACCGAUUACAAUCCUGGGGUUCAGCAUUCACCUAGCCUGCGGGAGACUCUGGCAGCUAGACGUGCAAAUGUACAAGGAGAAGGUAGCCAAUACGGGUCAACGUCCUCUCAUUCUGAAGCAGCGAGACGCAUCUUGGAGCGCCGUGCUGCUGUGCAGCUCGAAGAGAGUCAGUACGUGCCUAAGAGGCGCCGCAUCGCCAGCUUGACGCAGUAUUCGCCUUUAAGUCCUCGGAUUGGAAGUGAGCCCGUUCGUACGAGCAGUCUCUCAAGAAGACGCAAUCUCGUUGUUGAAUAA